CUUUGAAAAAAGAAGGACAGAGACUUCAGAGACAGUCAGUAUCAAGGUCCAGGUGCCAGCAGUGUGAACAACAUCAACAGGAGCACAAACUGAGACUAGCUGAGAUGGAGACAUUUUACAAAGACAAGCUGAAUGAGGAGAGAUCUGCAUUGCAGCAAAACCAAGAAGAACUGAUGUCAUUCAAAGAGAGAUUGGCUGAAUCAAUCAAACAGAACCAACGUCUUCAUGAAGAAAUAUCAACUUUGAAAAAAGAAGGACAGAGACUUCAGAGACAGUCAGUAUCAAGGUCCAGGCACCAGCAGUGUGAACAACAUCAACAGGAGCACAAACUGAGACUGGCUGAGAUGGAGACUUUUUACAAAGACAAGCUGAAUGAGGAGAGAUCUGUUUUGAAAAUAAAAGAAGAGGAACUGAAAUCUACCAAAAUGAGACUGCAGGAAAUUGAAAUGUUGCAUGAACAGCAAAAAAAGCAGAGACUUAAUGCAGGCAUGAAAUCAAGCUGCCUCAGGUGUGAAAAAAAUGAACAGGAUCACAAAGAACGAAUUGCUGAGAUGGAAACAUUUUACAGAGAAAAGCUCCAGCUGACAAAGUAA